CUCAUCCACAAAUAGCCCACUCUCCCCACCUUCACGUUUCAUGAAGAUGAGAGAUGUCAGAUGAGUGGCGUUAACCCUAAUCGGCUGCUGCUCGAGUUUUCAUCGCAAGCCUCGGCCUCGCAAACCUCCUGCAAACCUUCCUGCCUGCUGCUGCAAGCCUCUUCCUCGCAAUCCCCUCGCAAGUCCUCCUGCCUCGCAAGUCCUCUUGCAUUCAAGCCUCGACAAGUGUUGCUAGCAAUGACGAAAAAGAGCCAAAACGGGGAAAAUAACAAGAUUGAUAGCCUGAAAAAAGACCAGAAAGCGCUUCUACUUCGUUCAGUUGCUCAAUAUUUAGAAUGCAGUGGGUUCUCCAAAACACUGAAGAAGCUUCUUUUUGAAGCAAAGAUUGAGAAAGAUGAGGUUGGGUGUUCCUCGCUGAAUUUGGAAGAGAUGUUCUGCAAGUAUUUGGAGACAUGUGAUCAUGCUGACAAAAAUAUCGUAGGCCAUAAGGAGCAAGAAGUAUGGACUGAUGUUGCUUCCAUGGCGGAAACCACUGAUAAGAAAAAGAAGAGGCGUGACAAAUGUGACAACCGUGAUACAGUUGGAACUGUGGGACCUGCUGAAAAUUAUAAUGAUUCUAGUCAUAUUGAGAUGAUAACAGAUACUUGGGCUUCAGAAUUAGAUGUGAAACCUAUAAAGAAAGAUAAGAACGACAAGAAUUCUGAUUUUAUUGGUCAAGGAAAGGAAAGCGAUAAAGUAAGAAAGGAGAUGGCUAAUGGCACUGCGUGUGAAUCACCAGAUAAAAAACGCAAGGAGAAAAAGAAGCAGAAAGUCAAGUUGAAUUCGGAAUCUCUAAAUGGUAAUGUGGAAUCUCAUGAAGAAAAAUCUAAACCUGUAUUGUCAGAGAAAGGGGGAGAAACUGAUUAUGUGAUGGAGAAUACGUCAAAGGCUAAGAAGAAAAAGAAAAAUAAGCUUUCUGAUCUUGAUGACGUUGAGCAACAUGGUACGGAGAAAGAGCAACUGAAUGAAGAGUCUAAGCAAGUAGCUGGGGCAGAGGAUUCACCAGUUUUCAAUGAGAUUGCUGGGACUGCAAAGGAUGAUAUUAAAAUUUCAGAACAUAAUGUGACUUGCAAAGAGAACAAAGGUUCCAAGAAAAGGAAAAGAUCUGUGGACGAGGAUUCUAUACCUGCAGAAAAACCAAAACGUAGAAUGACAGAUAACUCAGAAGUGCGUGAUGAAGCUGGACAAGCUACAAAGAUAAAUGGGUCCAUGGGAACUGAAGCUGGUGGGGAAAGUGAUGGACAGAAUGGCCUUGGUUUCAUUUCUCAGGAGAAUGUGGACCUGAAGAGAAAUGGAGAUAAAUCUCUGCAGAAAACCACAAAGAAGCAAUUGAAUGGUUCAGUUGAGGCAAAGAAGCCAUUUCAAAGGGUAAAUGUUGAUGAGAUUGUCUUUCGAGAUGAGAGGCUCCAAGAUAAUUCAUACUGGGCUAAGGAUGGUGCUGAGAAUGGCUACGGUGCCAAGGCUCAAGAAAUUCUUGGACAAGUUAAGGGGAGGGGUUUUCGACAUGAGAAGACCAAGAAGAAGCGUGGCAGCUAUAGAGGAGGUCAAAUUGAUCUGCAUUCCCACUCUAUAAAGUUUGAUGCUUCUGAUGAUGAGUGAUUGGAGAGUCCUUGUUUGUUACAAUCCCUUUUCCCCUCUUUUGUUGUUGUUGAGGAUAUAUAUAUGGAAACACAUUUUUUUGGUGGGUUGAUAUUGAUGUGCUCAGUUUCUGCCAGACACCAGCUUAGUUAUAUCUUAUACCUGCACAAAUCAGGUAUAAAUGAUAUGGGAAUUUUUGUCUAAAUCUUUUGGUAAUUAGAAGACAGAGACUCCAUGAUGUAGUGGAUCUCAAAAAUGAGGUAUUAUUAUGUUGUCUUGAUAAAUUAAUGCUCAAGUGGAUCUCAAAAAUGAUUUUAUUUUA